AAAUUGAAACCACAUGUGCAGAUGGCCAAGGCUGCAGCAACACCAGCUUUGUCUGCUCUUGGGUUCUGGGGCUUGUCUCAACAGGAAGCCCCCAAAUAAUGAAAGGAUCCCAGCAGGGGAACAAGGCUGCAGCCAGGAACAAGGUUUCCUUCACUCCCACCCUGUUCCUUCACUCUGCAAAAGUUACAAACUACGGCUGUCCUACUGUCUGACCAGGACAGUGCAGCUCAGCCAGUCGCAGCACUGGAAUUUCCCAGGAGCAGGAGCAGCCUGGAAUGUGAACUUUUCCUGAGCAACUGAAGUGGAGCAGGGAGCUUGUCUGACCCAGGAGAGCACCAUGGAUGGCGAACCACCAGGCGGGACUGGCAGCCAGCCCUCCGGCCCGGGAGACUGCCCUGACACCACUCUUCUCUCAAACCCACUGAUGGGGGAUGUUGUGUCUGACUGGUCUCCAAUACAUGAAGCUGCAGUCCAUGGGCGUCUGCUAUCUUUGAGGAAUCUCAUCAGACAGGGGUGGUCUGUGAAUGUCAUCACAGCAGACCGUGUGUCCCCACUCCAUGAAGCCUGUCUUGGAGGUUAUCGCGCUUGUGCCAAUGUUUUAAUAAACCACGGAGCUCAGGUGAACGGUGUUACCACAGACUGGCACACUCCCUUGUUCAAUGCUUGUAUCAGCGGCAGCCCGGACUGUGUGAAUUUGCUUCUGCGGUUUGGAGCCAGUCCCCACCCUGCCAGUGAUCUGGCAUCUCCCAUCCAUGAAGCUGCUAAGAGAGGCCAUGCGGAGUGCAUUGAGUACCUUGCGGCUUAUGGGGGUGACAUUGACCAUCACAUCAGUCACCUGGGCACUCCACUCUAUUUGGCUUGUGAAAACCAGCAGGUAUCCUGUGCCAGGAAGCUUCUGGAAUCAGGAGCAAAUGUGAACCGAGGCCGAGAUCUGGACUCCCCUCUUCAUGUAGCAGCCAAGGUGUCCAAUGGGGAGCUCGCCCGCCUGCUCAUGGACUUUGGAGCAGACACUCAGGCCAAGAAUGCUGAAGGCAAACGUCCCUCGGAGCUGGUGCCUCCAGAGAACCCUCUGAUCCAGCUCUUUUUGCAGAGAGAAGGCCCUGCUUCUUUGAUGCAGUUGUGCCGCCUUCGCAUCCGGAAGUGCUUUGGGAUCCAACAGCACCAUAAGAUCACUGAACUCCUCCUCCCGGAGGGGCUGAAACAGUUUCUUCUACACAUUUAACUGUGUCCAGGCAAACAUGAUUGUGUGUUGUGGCCACUGGAAUUUAAAAAUAAAGUUUGGUUUAUAGAGCAUGA